AUGUCAUACUCACGCUCUAUCAUAUUAUCCAAUGUCCCCGUUCACGUCUCUGACGCUGCCUUACUUCGUCAUAUCAAAGACGGAGCCGGGGGCUCCCAGGUCCGGGUGGAGCAUAUUCAGCCGUUCCCGGAUGCGUACCAUUACGUAAACGACGCGCUUGCCACAAAGACGUUGCAGCUGAUCAUGGCGGACGAGAAGAGCGCCGCGGCCGCGAUGGCGCUUUUCGAAAACCCCACUGCAGACAGCGAACUGGCCCAGACGCAGGCGCGGUUCCACGCCGGUUCAGAGGAAGCCACAGAGACGGGUCUGGGCGUCGAGGCAUCGACGCCCAGACAUAUGUGGAAGCAGAGCGUCGGCGAAAUGGGCGGUAAACCCGUCUUGGAGACGGUGGAGGCCAUGCAGGACGUGGCCGAGGACGGGACCGUUCGCCGCCAAAGACGUAUUUCUGUGACAAUGAUCUAG